GCAAGCAAUAGGGGGCGCAAUUUUUUUUACAUCCACCGAAUUUCCGAAAGAGUCACCCGAGCACGAGUUGGAGAGCAGGGUCUUUUGUUGGUAUGGGGCUUCAAAAGCUUUGUCAAAUUCGUGGAUUUUCCGCAGGUGUGUUUAUGAAGCACAUGAGAAGAACAAGAUGUCUGCAAGGAUUUCAGAAGAUGGGGAUUUCACAAGAUAUCACAUCUGAAAUGGAUAAUGCAAUUAAGAAAGCAGAGAUGAAUUUAAGUUCAGUUGAAUGUGUUACUCAUCCACGUGUGGAGACAAAAAUCAUCAACCCACUUGACUUUAAGGAUUUUUUUGGAGUGAAAAAACUGUUCACUCUUCAAAAUUUGUUUGAUGCAAAUGUUCAUCUCGGCCACAAGGAUGGGUUAUUGGACCAAAAUAUGAAACCAUAUUUAUUUGGUGUCCGUCAAGAACAGUGUAUUAUCGACUUGGAAAAAACUGUUCCUCGUCUGGAGCUAGCUCUUAACUUCGCAGCACACAUCGCUUACCGUAAAGGAAUCAUUCUAUUUAUUAACCGAACACCACGGUUUGUUAACUUAAUGGAAAAAACGGCCAAGGAAUGCGAAGAAUUUGCUCAUACACGAAAAUGGCAAGGAGGGUGCUUCACAAAUGCUCAAGUUCAAUUCGGACCCGGAACUCGCCUGCCAGAUUUGAUGAUCUUUACAAACACCUUAAACGAUGUUCUAAAUCAACACCUUGCGGUCAAAGAUGCUGCGAAGAUGAACAUUCCGACGAUUGGUGUUGUUGACACCAAUUGUAACCCUAAUCUUAUUACUUACCCAGUUCCAGGAAAUGAUGAUUCUUCUUCAGCAAUGAACUUGUACUGCAAACUAUUUAAAUUAGCGAUUCUGAAAGGAAAGGAAAAAAGGAAGGAAAUGGAAGAUGCCAUGUUUAAGUGAUAUGGUUGGCAGAUAAGUAUGGUAGGAACUGUUGGUGUAUGAAAUAUUGUACAUAAAGGGAAGGGGUUACAGUACAGUGGUAUAACUACUAUGGUGUAUAGGAAUAUGAAAGGGGGGGGGGCUGGGGAAUUUCAAAAGAAAUACAGUUAUAUGAAAUUUUGAAUGCAUACAAUGUAUUGAACAAAAAAUAAAUAUAACUUUUAUGAUAUACUUUUAUUGAAAAACAUUGCUAGGCAAUCAAGAACAUGAAAUGUAACAUUUGAUAAACAAUUAGUCAUUCUUUUGUAUUUCAUUUAUUCAUGUGAACAUUUUUUUUGUGUACAGUAAUUUACAGUAAUUGUCAAAGUUCAAAAAUUACUUUUUCUUUAAAAAAGUUUUAGAAUAAUUAUUAUGCUUGACAUUUUCAAUCAGUAUUGCUUUGACGCUACCUUUAUAAUCAUUAUGCCAACAGAAAGAUUGUGUCUAUGAAAUGUUAGGGUGGUAUUUUUUUUUGAGAAGGCCAAAAUUAUAUAUUUUGGUGUUUAAAAUGGGCCCUUAACAAGCUCCAAUCAAAGGCUUUACAUUGGGAACUUGACAUAAAUUGAGUACAGUAAUUCGAUAAAAUACAGUUCUGAGGAAAACACUGAUCAUUGAUCAUGUUUUUGGAUAUCACACUAUACUUGGGUAACACAGCAAUAGAUUUUUGGCCUUAUCACCAUUUCUCAAUGUACAGUUAUAUAUCUAAUUUAGAUUUGAAUAAAUUUGCUUAUCAUUCUGAAGUUUCAUAGUAGUAGAAUUCUUCAUGGGCAUACACAAUUCAUCAAUUGACAUUAAGAGGUUGAUUGCAUUAAAAUGUUAACCAUUGUAUUGAUAAUCUAAUAAUAAUAAAAUAAUUAUGAUAAUGAUAGAAACCAAUAAUAAUAAUUGUAACGUAAAAAAAAUGAUAAUUUUAUACAAGCAUUUAUAAUGCACCAAUUUCAAAAAUAGAUUAUCAAAGGUACAGAAAGAAUACUAAAAUAAUAACGUAGUUGACUUGAAUUAGUAGUGGAAUUAAAUAAAAAACAUGAUUUUUUCAUGUACAAAAUAAUACAAGAAACUGAAGGCAGUGAUGAAGUCAUAACGAUUCUUUUUUGCAAAUGUAUUCUAGAUUCUUCAGGAAUACAUUUCUGCACAAUCUUGUCUUGAUUAUUUCAUGGAAGUGGUUGGGGAAGUGUUUGCAGUUUGCUCUCAACCUUGAGGUUGGGUGUUCCUACCUAUGCUGUGCAAGGUAUUUACCUAUGUUUGUCUCUCUCCACCCAAGAGUAUAAGCUGGUACCUGGUAGGUCCGAAUGCCAAUGUGCUGCUCUGCAAUAGGUAUUUUAUCCAGUGACUGGGGGGUUAAUGUAAAGUCCACAGAGGCUUAACAUGCUGUGUUGUAAAGCUUGGUUCCAUACAAUCGCUACACGGUAUCGCCGACAGCUUUCGUGAUGCUGGUUGGUCGGACGUAUCGGGGAGCCUUCCCGAUUGCGCCGGGGACUGCUACGCAGUCAAACGAUUGCACUGAAAACACUG